AUGGUGCUUGGAUUAGUGGAAUGGUUGACAAGUGUAAGUUAUAUUACAGUUCUUCUGGUACUUCCCGUGAUUCAUUGUGGAUGCUACCAAACACAAUUAUGCUGUCUCGGGUUUAAUCUUACUUGUGUUGCAAAUGAUAAUGCAAGCCAGCAAUUUCUACGUAAGCAACGAAACUUUCCAAGACGUUGUCGACAUCCGCUUGUUUUUGAUGUCAAUAUGAAUCCUAUCGGCAAAUUAGUCACACCAGAUUUGGUAGCUUUGGGUAGAGACGGCAUGAAGGCACUACGUCGUCAUGGUUCAACUUUUGCCUUUAACUCAUGGCUUUUGCUGGCUUCUAGUUAUGACACCAAUUUAAGUUAUCAAAGCAAUUAUUGGACAGAUCAAGUAGUAAAAUCCCAAAAUACUUCUAGUACAUUACCAUUUCUUCAUCAUAAAAUAGUAUUUGGUGAGCCUUUUAACUCUAAUGAUGAGGCAAACGAAACUAUACGAUAUUAUCGACAUCACAAAUUUAUCCGAAUUAAUGCUAGCAAGCAAGUUGAUAAUUACAGGUAUUCUCUGCUGAAUCGGCAUGUUCCUCUCGUAGUUCGAAAUUCCCGCGGUCCCUCAAACUUGGUUCUGCUGCAAAAUUUUGUUAACGAUGAUAAUUUAUGUUACUGUGAUGAGAAGUGCAUAACUUUUGGGGACUGUUGUUUUGACUACGCCUUUAUGUGUUCUCCAGUAGACUGCAUUGUUGGGCAAUGGUCCACUUGGUCUGCGUGUGCAGCAGACGAGGGAGAAUGUGGACUUGGCACGCAGAUCCGGAGCAGAAAGGUUGAAAGACAUCCACACAGAGGCGGAAGAGCUUGCGCAGCGCUGCUUGAGAAGACGACUUGCGUGAGAGAUUGCCCUCAGCACUUCCAACAAGCUGUCAGUAAGUACUACUUGACUUCAACUUUUACUUUGUUCUUUCCAAUUUAUGAUAAACGUUGGUAUGAUUCAGCGGAAUCCUCAGUAGCGCUUAUCCUGAACUAUUCAUUUAACGAAACUCGGGAAGAAUCUAGCCGUCAUCAUCGAUUUCAUUGGGAUAUCGGCAAAACGACAAAUAAUUACUAUUGUGUUACUUACCAAUUGGGUUGGGUUAAUGCGAAUUGCGUCAACAAGCAGAUCACUGCCAAACUAUUUACGGGCAAUAAAGUCUGCAUAGAAUGUCAACCUGAAGCACAAAGGCAUCGUAAAACUGCCACGUGUGCUUCUGAUCUAAACGAUCGAGAGACUGGUUUCUGGAAAUUGAUUGGGCCCAAGUCCUGUAAUGGUAUAUGGACAAGGUUAUUUAGAACAGACAACUGUCGUUGCGCUAUAAAUAUUCCGUAUUUAGACGCAUUUUUAUUUGUUUAG